GCGCUAGCAUGGACGUUUCCAAUUUCGCCGCCCUCAAGAAAAAACUGGCCAAGGAGCCAAAGAAGAAGAAAGAGACGGGGUUUCAAAAACCCGUCGAUGAAUUCUUCAAGAAUGAUGGGGCGUCUCAAGUCCCGGAGGGGGAGGGUCCCUCCAAAGCAGUUGAUUCCGGUGCUGGUGCCGGGGGCUCCAAGGGUGAGGAGCUCAAGAGGAAGAACUCUGGGAAGGGUGUCGCUCCCCCGGAGAACAAGAAGCAGAAGAAGGGGGCCCUCGGAAAAAAGGAUGCCCCCAUUGUGAUAGUCGAGGAGCAACCAUCCUCGAACCUCCCGACGGAUACUCCCCCUCGUUCUCCUCCUUCUCCUGUUGAUGAAGGCCUUCGGCCGGCGGAGAUCGUUCAAUUCCCCAUCAAGUCGGGGACCUCCGUUAUGCAUGGCACUCUACAUCCCGUUGGGUUCAUGCGAGGGGUGAUGUCCUCGAAGGACAGGUCUGUGCUCGCUAGGCUCGAGGAUGACAUCCUCGACUACAAAGUGGCCAGCUAUAGCACUAUGGCUGCUUUGGCCGCUUCGGAGCAGGCCCGGAGGGUUGAGCAGUUGAGAAUCGCCAAGUGCCAGGCGGAUGAGGCCUUGAAGAAAUCCGACGAGGAGAAGGCGGCCCUCCGAAGGAAGCUUGCCGAUGCAGAGAAGGCCCUCCGGUUGGAGAUCGAGGGCAUGAAGCAAAGGCUGGAGGAUGCUGAAGCCAAGGGGAAGGCUACCGCUGAGGAAGCCGCCGCGGCUGCCGCCAAGAUUACUGCCGAAGCUGCCGAGAGUGCUAAGGCCGAAGCGGUGGCCGAUGCUAAGAAGAGAGCAGUCGAGGCCUUCCUCGCCGGGGGCUGGAUGGUGGCCGACCACGAGGGGUGGGUGGCCUCGGUGGUGGAGCAGAAGGUUGACUCCUGGGUGAGAGGCCCCGGUGCUGAAUGGCUUGCCCGAAAGGGCAAAGACUAUUAUGACGGUGGUGAAUUCUUCACCCAGAAGAUGAUCUACCGGAGGCUGGCCCGACAUUUGAAAAUCGACCCGAAAGAAUUUGAUCCGGCAGCAUACGGCCUCCCCCCAUUGCAGCCAGAUGUCCGGGUUCCUCUGCCCGAAGGUGAAGAGAGGCCGGAUCUCGAGGACUCCGAGCUUAUGGGCGAGGGAGACAACGAAGAAGCCGAAGAUGAUGCGGCCUCCAAACCGAAAGAAGAUGUCGCCCAAGAGGCAGAGGCUUAGAAUUUUCCAUAUGUAAACAUUCGUAAUAGUAGGAUUCGGCUUCGGCCCACUAUAUUUGUAAACAAACAUCUUCCGUACUUGUGUAUUUCGGUGAUGAAUGUUUUGCCUUCGGC